UUAUUUUUUUUUGCUACUAAGAAAGUGUGUUGUGAAGAGUCUCGACGUGGCAGUUCUGAUUAUGUUGCCCAUCAACCACAGGAAAUGUAUGACAAGGGUUGACAAGGAGUUGAGGUUCGACAAAAGGGUUAGUGCACGCUGCGGGGGUUAAUGCACGUUGCUGGGGUUCAAAAGAAGGUGGCGCGGGUCGUUCCACGCGGAGGCGCGAUUGGAACUGUUGAUGGCAUCGCCGCCAUAGCCGCCACAACUCUACUCAAUGAGCCUCUAUUUUAGAGCCUCAAAACCCUUCUUAACCCUCAAAGUGCGCUUCCUUGUGCCCUUGCCAUCUUCCUUUUCCUUCUGCACAAACGACGCCGUUGCGAACAACAACCGCUCGGUGGUGCUUUUCCGUGCCGCGGUUGCUGAGCCGGAAUUGCUGGUCCGGGUUCUGAACACAGUUAGAGACCGGCCCGUGGCUGCUCUCCGGUUCUUUCGAUGGGCCGAGGGCCAAACCGGGUUCAAGCAAUCUAAAUUGGCAUAUGCCGUUAUUCUCGACAUUCUCGCGCGGAACGGCUUGAUGCGGUCUGCAUAUUGCAUCAUGGAGAAGGAGGCAGUAAGAAUGGGCGACGUGGUGGAUGUUUUGACCGACGGCAGGGUUUUUUCUUCCGAGGUAUCUGUUAAGCUUCUGGAUUUGUUGCUUUGGAUUUACUUGAAAAAGUCGAUGCUUGGGAUGUGCUGGUUGGUGUUUUAUAAGAUGAUUGCGAAGGGGUUGUUGCCGGAUGUGAAGAAUUGCAAUAGGGUUCUGAGAUUGCUUAAGGAUACCAACUUGGCGAGGGAGGUUUAUGAUGUGAUGAUGGAGUGUGGGAUUAGGCCUACAACUGUUACAUAUAAUACAAUGUUGGAUUCCUUUUGCAAGCAAAGGCAGGUUCAGCAAGCUCAGCAGCUUUUGCUUCAGAUGCAGAGGGUGGGGUGUUCGGCCAACGAAUUGACUUAUAAUAUUAUGGUCAAUGGUUUAUCACACCAGGGGGAGUUGGAGAAGGCCGAGGAACUGAUCGAGGAGAUGUUGAGAUCGGGACUCAAGGUUUCGGCUUACACUUACGAUCCUUUGAUUCGUGGCUACUGUGAGAACGGUAUGCUUGAUAAAGCCUUGAGUGUUGUGGAGGAGAUGUUGAGUAGAGGGGUUUUGCCUACGGUAGCGACCUACAAUACAAUCAUGUAUGGCCUUUGCAAGUGGGGAAGAGUGAGUGAUGCUAGGCAGUUGUUAGAUGUAAUGGUUAAUAAGGAUCUGAUGCCGGACUUGAUUUCAUUCAACACUCUAAUUUACGGUUACUGCAGGUUGGGAAGUUUAGGGGAGGCUUUUCUCUUAUUUGUUGAGUUAAGAUACAGAAGUCUAGUUCCCAGUGUCGUGACCUAUAAUACGCUUAUUGAUGGUCUUUGCAGAUUUGGGGACUUGGAUGUGGCCAGGCGGAUAAAAGAUGAAAUGAUCAAACAUGGGCCUAAUCCUGAUGUAUUUACGUAUACAAUUCUUGUUAGAGGAUUUUGCAUGGUGGGGAACUUGCCAAUGGCUAAGGAUUUAUUUGAUGAGAUGCUACAUAGAGGAUUGCAGCCAGAUCGUUUUGCAUACAUAACUCGAAUAGUAGGUGAGCUGAAGCUUGGUGACCCAUCUAAGGCUUUUGGUAUGCAGGAAGAAAUGAUUUCCAAAGGCUUUCCUCCUGAUUUGAUUACAUAUAAUGUCUUUAUUGAUGGGCUCCACAAGUUGGGAAAUUUGAAAGAAGCAAGUAAACUUGUGCAGAAAAUGCUCUACGAUGGAAUCGUUCCAGAUCAUGUAACUUAUACUAGCAUCAUCCACGCUCACUUGAUGGCUGGGCAUCUUAGGAAGGCUAGAGUGGUGUUCAAUGAGAUGUUGAGCAAAGGGAUAUUUCCAUCAGUUGUCACUUACACAGUUCUAAUUCAUUCAUAUGCAGUUAGGGGAAGGCUGGAACUAGCUAUUUUGCACUUUAUUGAGAUGCUAGAGAAGGGUGUAUGUCCAAAUGUGAUCACCUACAAUGCCUUAAUUAAUGGACUUUGCAAGGUUGAAGAUGCUUAUGGUGUUCCUGAUGAUUAAGAUGGCAGACGUCAACUUUUUACACGUCUUGACAUAGUAUAUCCUCAGACUAGGUAAUACUUGGGAGGAAUUGGGAAUUUGUUAGUUAAGGUUCAAAGAUCUGUAACGUUGUGCUUGCAAGGCUAGAGGUAUACCUCUGAAGCUCAAUCCUUGUCAAGAUAUUUCAAACAAUUUUGAGAUAUCUUAACACAAAUUUUAAUUCAUUUUUCUUAGUCUAUUGUGGGUAAAGGGAAUAUUUUGACGUGAUAGUGCAUAUUCUUUGCAUUAAAGUUUUAAUUAUUUUUUAAGCCUAGUGAUACACCUUUUUUUUUUCCAUCACAAUUUGUACAAUGAAAGGAAAAUAAAAGACAGACCUUUUGUAGUUCUAUACUAUGUAGCAUUUGAAUGCUCAACCAUUUUCUCAUCACUGUAUUAUAUAUCUUGCUAUUCAGAAUUCA